AUGAACAAUAGUACAUGGCAACAUCCUUAUGUGAAUAUUUUCAAACAUUUCGAUAUUGGUUCAACGAAAAAAUGUACCAAACAGGGCGAUGUUACUGCUCUUAUGGAUCGUGAGUUAAAAUCAACGGUAUUUCGUAUACGCGGUCUUGUCCCAGCAAAUAAUUAUAUUCAAUUUCCAGCUCAAUCAUCCAAUCAAACUCUUGCUCUAACGGGUCAUUUAUUUUACGCCUUAUUUCGUCCAAUAUUUGAUAAGUUUUUUUCUAUUCACAUUGAUAUUCUUACACAUGAACAACAUCUUGUACGUAUAUCAUUAUCAAAUUUAUACCGUGAAUUUAAAGUAACACAAACCAGCAUUCAAUUUCCAUAUACAUCGCCCAAUACAACUAUGCAUUGGACCGUAUUAUGUUUUGAUUUAGAAUCAAUACUAUUAACUUACAUGACGAAUCAACAUUAUCAUAUGAUUAAAUCAUUCCAAUUAUGUGGUAAUAUGAUGGUGAAGAAUUGUUUUUCGUCGAAGUAUUUCUACGAUUCAGGAUUAUCGAAUCAGAAAAUGAAACAAAGUAGUAAUCGUGCAUUACCAAGAGAAUUAUCCUAUCCUGUUGGUAAAGAUGAAUCAUGGCAUGAGAAAUAUGAUUUUAUUAUGAUACCAAAUUCGUCAUCAUCAAUAAUAGAUGAAAAUUCAAAUGAUCUUUCGAGCAAAAUAGGUAGUGUUCAAGUUCACUCAGCAAGAGACUCCAGUAGAACUGAUGAUACAAUGAAUCAAUCAUUUACAAAUUCAAUACAAAAUACUAUUUCACCAAGAGAUAAUCAAAACAAUUGGCAGAAAAGUAUUAAACCUAUUGAUGGCUUUCCAUCAUUGCCUACAAUGCCUGAAUCUUCGACUUCAACAAAUCACAAUAAUGAUGGUAUUCAUCUUUUCAUUAAUCCACAAUCGAUACCAUCGAAUAAUUCAAUAAAUGAUGAUUUUAAUUUCGAUCUUGCGCUUACAACUGAUCGUUCGCAACUCUCUCAUCUACCUGAUCCAAUACUUCGUUUACGUACUGUUAUUGGUCUGGGUAAUCGUAUAAGUAGUUCAACGAGUUUAUUAUGGACACAAGAUGGUAAUUAUGUACUUUACCCAUCGAAUGCUAUUGUCGUGCAGAUGCAUGUUGAAACUCAACAACAAUGGUUUUUUAUUGGCCACACAGAUAAAGUUAGUGCGAUUGCGUUCAAUGGAAAUUCUUCACUAUUGGCAACAACACAGACUGGACCCAGUGGUAUUCUUCGUCUUUGGAAAUUUGAAACUCGUCGUUGUAUUUGUGUUGUUCGUGUACCAGGAACCAGUAAUUUACAUGCACUUGAUUUUGGAAUUCGAAAUUUAUCUGAUUCAUCUUCAACACUGGUUGUUGUUGGCCAUGGUGAACAGCCACAACAAUCGCGUACUAUUGUUUGCGUUUAUAAUACAUUAAAUGCACAUAAAGGUUCUAUUGAUCUACUAUGUCGAUCAACAACAGAUGCUUCGAUAUCACAUAUCCGUUUUGUUCCGUAUGACUCAACUCGAUUUCUUUCGAUUGGCUCCGAUAAUAUCCGUUUUUGGCGUAUGAAAAAUGGUAAUGAUUUAAAAUCGAUGAGUAUAUCUGUUGACGACAUUGAACAAUUGGAAUAUACAGAUUUACAAUUUGAACAUUCAUCAAAUAAUAAACUGAAUGAAUUAGUUGUAUAUGUUUCAUCAAAAAGUGGUCACAUAAUUGAAUUAUUGUAUGACGAAAGGCGUGUAGUUAAAAUUCAUCGUUUACUACCUACAAAACGUUCGAACGGUUCAACCGAUAAAAUAACCAUGGCGAAUGGACCAUCGAUUGGUAUAUGUGCAUUUACAUGUACCAGUAAUUUUUCCAUAACAGGCUCGAACGAUGGAUAUGUUCGUGUUUGGUCCAAUGAUUUCACUCAAGUUUAUAUCGAAGCCAAACAUGAUCAAGCUAUAUGUGGCUUAGUAACAUCACACGAUCAAACACGUAUAUUAAUUUUAACAGUGUCUGGCUCACUUGGAGUAUUAAAUCUUGUCAAUAAGGAACAUACGAAUUUAAUACGUGCACAUACACAAAAUGUAACAGAUAUUGAUUAUGAUGAUACAAGAAAACAAAUGAUAAGUGUCGGACACGAUGGGACUAUUCGAAUAUGGUGUUUUCGUACUGGUAAACAAUUAUCAGAGUUUACUGCUGAACGUGAAACACCAGUUGUUGUUACGUAUGCGCCAAACCGACAAAUAUUUGCUUGUGGUUUUGAUAAUGGAACAAUUAAAGUUUUUGAAUUGAAUACAUCAAUUAUAUCAGCGGAAAUUACACAUCAUACAAAAGGUAUUACUGGUUUGCUCUAUGCUCAUAAUGGUGGACGUUUAAUAAGUAGUGAUGAAGAAGGAACUUUAUGUUUAUUGGACGCGAAUGAUAGCUAUAAAUUACAGCGUACAGUUGCCAAAGCUUUAUCAACAUCGCAAAAAGGAACCAUGAUAUUAUCUAUAAGUCCCGAUGGUAAGCAUACAGCAUACGUUGGACCAACAGAAUAUGUUGUAACAAUUGUUGAAACCAAUAGUUUAAAUCAAACACUUCGAAUUGAUAUAAGUAGUUGUACAUUGAUUACCAAUGAUAGACGAUCGAUAACAUCGUCAGAAGCCGCUUUAUUUGCACGUUUUGCGCCAAAUCGACAAUUAUUAGUUGCAACAACAAAUUUUAAAUUACUUAAAUUUGAUUCCUAUACAGGAAAACUUCUUAAUAUCAUAAAUAAUAUACACAAACGUACUUUCGAUUGCUUGACUCUAUCGUCAGAUAGUCAGUAUUUAGUUACGGGUGGUGAUAAUAUGAUUAAAUUUUGGGAUGAUGCAAAUUUCCAAAGUUUUGUUGGCCAUUCAGAACCAAUACAAAAAGUGUUUUUUACUGAUGAUAAUAUGCAUCUUGUAAGUAUUGGAGAUUCAAUAUUUAUUUGGGAUGUACUCGCUUGGACUACACCACGUCCAGGGCAAUUAAAUACUACACAAUCUACUUUACCGUCAAAAAUGCUUGAACGUGUCCCAUCUGUUCUAUCGAUACUGGAUAAUACUGGGCAACCAAGAAAUCCACCUGAACCAUUUCAAUAUUCUCAACAAAACAAUGGUCAUACAGCUCGAGCUAUUACCCGAUCGUUAUCAAAUUCUGAAAUUGAUAAAAAUACAAAUGUACCUCAAGGACAAAAAAAAACCAACAAUAAGAAAUCAUCCAAAAAACAAACCGAUAAUCCACCAGCAAUUCGACGCCAUUUUAUUCAACGAGUCAAUCAUUCACAUUUGGCUAAAAAACGUUAUGUCGCACCAGUUAAUCAAGAAAGUCUGAAACUUCGAUCAAUCAUUGGCUACAAUGGCAAUGGCCGAGAAAAUCUUGCUUGGCAUGCACAUAGUGGAUUUUUUGCUUAUAGCGUUGGUUGUAAUGUUAUUGUAGAAAAUCUUAAUAAUAAUCAUCAAACUAUUCUAACUGGACACACUGAAGAAAUCUCAACAUUAACAUUAUCAAAUGAUGUUAGUAUCUUAGCCAGUGCACAAUGUUCAACAUUAACCAAUAAAGAUGAAUUACAAACGAAGAUUAUUAUCUGGGAUAUAAAAAUGCUUCAUCAAAAAUUAUAUCUUCAUCAAUCAGUUCAUGCGAUUCAAUCGAUGGCUUUUUCAAGAGAUGAUCGUUUUCUUAUUACUAUCGGUGAUUAUCGAAAACCGAUGCUUACUCUAUGGUCAACACAUGAUUAUACGAAUUUACUCAAUUGGCAAGACGAGUCAUCCCCAUCAUCUUAUAUGAAUUGUCUUGCUUGGAAUUCCGCGCGUGCAAAUGAAUUCUGUCUUGGCUGUUCAAAUGGUUGUAUUCGUUUUUGUACGAUUGUCGAACAAACCAAUGAUACAAAUGUUCGAUUGCAAGUUGUCAAUGGAUAUGUUCCAUCAUCAAUUUCUGAGCAUGCAAAACUUCCAUGUGAAAUAACUUCAUGCGUGUAUUUAAUAUCGAAUUCUCAGCUUGUUCUUUGUUCGACUAAUUGUGGUUUCGUAACAUGUUGGAAUACGCGUACGAAUUCAUGUCUUCUUCAUUGGAAAGCUGAUUCGAAUGAAAUAUGCUAUAUGACAGCCAUGAAAUAUAAAUUAUUAACAGGUUCAGCAAGUGGUUGUUUACGACUAUGGAAUAUAGAAAAUCUUGAAGUCAAUUUAGGACAAACAAAGAAUAACGAUUCAAAUUAUGGUUUAACCAUUCAAGACGAAUUUCAACUCGACGAUGGAAUUAUUAGUGGAUCGUUUGAUGAUAUAUUUGAUAUGGGUAUUGUUGGCACAUCAUGUGGGUCAUUAUGGUAUAUCUGUUGGACAACAGAACGAAGUAAAACUCGUCUUGUUGCUUCACAUACAGAUCGUAUCACUGGUGUCAUACCUAUUGAAGAUACUCAUAUAGUUACAAGUAGUCUUGAUGGUACAAUAAGAAUUUUUCAAUUAGAAGAUCGAAAUGAAAUUCUUCGUUUUGAUGCUAAUGGAUUAAAAGUCACUUGCUUGACAUCAUGGGAUAAUUCUAUUGUUCCAACAACUGAUACAUCGGUGACUACAAGUCCGAUAAAAAAUAUUCGAACAACUAUUCGAUCGAUUGUUGCCGGUUAUAAUGAUGGUACAUUACGUAUUUUUAAUCUUCUUCAUGGUCAAAUGGUACUGAAAUUACAUCCACAUACAUCAUCUACUACUGCUAUCAAUGUUCCUUCAAAUACAACCAUUAGUAUUUCUGGUGCAUCAGAUGGUUCUGUUGCAAUAUCAAAUCUUGUUCAAGGCCUAGUUGUACGUGUUUUAAAUGAACAUCGUGGUAAUGCGCCGAUUUGUGUGAUUGAUUCGAAGCAAUCAUUAGAAAAUAAUUCUUAUAUAUGGUUAAUUGUCAGUCAUGAUCGACGUAUUAGCCUAUGGAAAUCAAAUCAACAAUUUGAUUUAUGUCAAUUAAUUGACUGGUUAACGUUUUCAGCACCAUCCUUUGCACCAGAUGGUACAACGAUACAGAAUAAUAAUUGGGAAUCAUAUCCACCAAGUUUAGCACGUUUUAUUGAUCGAAAUCUACUGAUGUAUAUUGGUUAUGGAAUAGAAAAAUCUAUACAAAUCUAUAAUCUCGAUACAAAACAAAUUACUCGUACGAUUCCAUUAAAUCAAUGGUGUUCGUGUUUUGAUAUAUCAAACAUUAAAAAUGAUGAAGAUGAAAAUCAUCUAAUAGCAAUUGGUACAAAGGAUCGUUUAGUACAAUUAAAAGAUUAUACUCAGGGAACAUUUCAAGACUUCAUUGGUAACAGUGACACUAUAUUAAAUAUUAAAUUUCUCAGAAAAAACUCGAAUGAUUUAUUAAUAACAACAUCAUCAAAUGAAAUAUUUCUUUGGAAUGUACUUUUAAAUUAG